UUUUAACUUCUAGUAGGUAGGACGUAGGUCCUUGCGGUAGUAAGUACCCACAGUGUUGUACUGUUGUGUCUUGUGCGCAUUACAGUGUAUAGUAAGUUAGUUGCCAACUUGCAAAUGAUAUAACUAUGUCAAAAGGAAAAUGUCUAAGCACCGACGAAAAUUAUAAUAUUAUAAACCACCUAGUAACUGAUGAAAAACAAUCAGAUGUAGCUAAUUAUAGUGAAUUAAGCUUAAGUAAAUAUACAGUUGUAUAUGUAUCGACCAUAUUAUACUGAGAUCAUAAACAUGACGUUUUACAUUUAACAAAUCUUUAAUUUUCGAAGUUCCAAGCAGUAGCUUUCGAGAAAUACAAAAAAUCGACGGAGAAACUCAUCUCACAAGUGUCAUCGACUUCUUUCAACAUUUCGACCAUUUUUGGAUUUCUGUUAGUAUUCGGGACCCGAUGAUCAUUUGAUGAGUGAUGAUAAGUGAUGGUAAAAAUGAUUUGUUAAGACGUGAAAAUGAACUACCUUAAGAAGGACGCGGUAAAAGGGUUACGUCAUUAUUCCGAGCUACCAUCAACAGUUGGUUAUCCCGUCACAUGUAUCACAGUAUACGUAUUCUAGUCUUGUAAGACACACGUGUAAUCCGGACGAUCUUUCUUACUUGUUCCACCCUUUAAUGGUACGUGAUGAGUUGAUAGUAUAAUAUUGUUUAAAAAUGGAAUCACCCGGAAUGGCUCUAAGUGACAAGUAUGGAAGCGAUAACCCACCAGCUAUUAUGGUCAGAGGCGCAUACAAGAGAUACAAUCCUCACAGUGUCGUUCUUAGAGGCCUCAACAUGACUGUACCCGAAGGAACUAUAUAUGGUCUUCUCGGUCCCAGUGGUUGUGGUAAAACUACCUUACUCAGCUGCAUGGUUGGACGGUGUCAGCUCGAUGCUGGGGAUAUACAAGUCAAAGCUAGGACGAAGUCCAACAUCGGAUACAUGCCUCAAGAACUCGCUCUGUACCAAGAGUUUAGUAUUAAAGAAACAAUGACCUAUUAUGGCCGUUUAUUUGGUAUGAGUCAUAAACAAAUAGAAACCAGAACAUAUGAACUAUUGAAAUUUUUAGAACUACCUCAUGAAAAUAAUAUUGUUAGUCGACUAAGUGGUGGUCAAGAAAGAAGAGUGUCUUUCGCGGUUGCAUUGCUUCACGACCCUCAACUUCUUAUAUUAGACGAACCUACCGUAGGUGUAGAUCCAGUGCUGAGUGCUAGCAUUUGGCAACAUCUUCUAGACAUGACAGCUAAUGGAAAUAAAACUGUUGUGAUUACCACACAUUAUAUUGAAGAAGCCAGACAAGCACAUACGAUUGGGUUAAUGCGAGAUGGUACGUUGUUAGCUGAAGAAUCUCCCAAUCAACUUCUUUUAAAACACAACUGCUCAACUUUGGAACAAGCUUUUCUGGAGCUUAGCAAACGCCAAACUAGAAGCACCAUUAUGGACAGAGAAGAUGAAAAUUGUAAUAUUGAAACAUAUCCUGUACCAAAUAAAAAACCAUUGACACCACUGAAACCAGAUAAUAUUUGUUCAAAAUCGAGAAUUUUAGCACAAUUAUUAAAAAACUUUUACUGGAUGAAAAGAAAUAUACCGAUUAUGUGUUUCCUAAUGAUCUUGCCUGUUGUGCAAUGCUAUUUAUUUUGCACCUGCAUUGGUCGUGAUCCCCAAGGAUUGAAACUAGGAGUGGUCAACGAAGAGCUUAAAAACGGUAUGUCAAGUUGCAGUAAUUAUCCGUCAAGUGGAUGCAAUUUCAGUAUACCGCUAAGUUGUCGAUAUUUACAAAACUUGAAGGAUAAAAGUUACAAAUUGAUAGAGUACGAUUCUCUGGACGAAGCGAAAUUUGCCGUCAAGAAGAAUAAGGUUUGGGGAGUGUUAUAUUUCGAAGAAGGUUAUUCAGAAUCGCUCGGCGCACGAAUAAAAAUGCCCGAAAAUGUAACCGAAAGGACCUUAAAUAUCAGUGAUGUCAAUAUAUGGCAAGACAUGUCCAACCAGUACGUGAGUAACCUAUUACGAAGGGAUAUGCUUUCGAGAUAUGUGAUGUUCCUAGAAAGUGUAUUCAGAGACUGUAAAUGGCCCGUUGCGAUGGCCGAUAUUCCGAUUAAGUUGGAAGACGCAAUUUACGGAGACAACAACCCGAGUUUUGGACAUUUCACAGCUCCAGCUAUCAUAUCGCUAUUCGAGUUCUAUCUCCCGAUGGUGUUCACCGUGGGAGCGAUACUUAUGGAAAAGAUGGGAGGAUUGUUGGAGAGGAGUCUCGUUGCAGGCGUUACGGUGACGGAAGUGAUAUUGUCUCACAUCGUGGUCCAGUACAUAGUUUUGAGCGUUCAAACGGCGUUGAUGAUGUUGGUGUUAUUUGUGUUUUUCGAUAAUCCUAUGGUGGGGAGUUUAGUGUGGUCGCUAUCGUUGCUAUUCUUGACAGGGACCAGUGGCAUGUGUUACGGAUUUAUGGUCUCGGUGUUCUGCAAUACCGACACGUCUGCCACGUUUAUGGGCUUGGGAAGUUUCUUCCCUCUAGCCAUGCUCAGUGGGAUGAUAUGGCCGCUGGAAGGCAUGCACUGGAUAUUGAGAUCAGUUGGAUGGAUUUUGCCGAUCACAUUGUCGACAGAAUCGUUCAGAGCCCUAUCCGCCAGGGAUUGGUCGAUAACGCACCCGACAGUCUACAAGGGAUUUUUGUCCGCAUCCGGAUGGAUCGGCGUAUUUAUGUUGGUUACCAUAAUCGUGGUGAAGAAAAACAACGGUUUACGAAAUGUAACCAAAUAAUAUUUGUAAAUAAAAUGUAAAUAAAUGUAUUAUAAGCCAUGUACCUACAAGUAGAGAUUACGUCCGUUAUAUUAUAUUGUGUCAAAAUGAUGCAGGUUAUGUUUAAUACUGUUCAAAAUUAUGGUUACCGACAUUUUUUCAUCGUUUUUUAUUAGUUUCUUGAUUAUUUAAUAAUUAUAAUGCAUUAUAACCUAUAGGUAUAUUAUACACGAUACGUAUAUAUAUCAUCAUAUAAUAUAUUAUAGAUUAUAGAACUACCAAUAAGUAUAAGUUUUGAACAAAUUAUACAACUUUAUUGAUGAUUAA